GCCCUUUCUCCCUUCCCAAUGGUGCCACUAAAAGUGGAUUAGUAUCCUGCCCCCACUAAAAGUUCAUCAUUUUUUCUUCUUCUUACAUGUUCUCUUCAACCCCCAAUUCAGAAGUAGAAAGAGAGCGCGCGCGUGUGUGUGAGUGUGUUGAGAGAUGUGCAACAAGAACACUCCUUCUGAUAUGAAAACCAGGUCUACGAUCAAGAAAGAGAUCAAAGCCAGAGAACCACUAAAACCAGCUCGCAAGUCAAGAUCAAAGACCAGAAAGCCCAAGUUCCUCAGUCUCCGCCUAGAGCUCUCCUCAGAAAACUCGCAGAACUCUAACCAAAUGACCCACAGCCCCAAAACCAACCACCAUGAGCAGUACCAGAAGCAGCACCAGCUCAACCUGUUCCCUCUACACCCAGAAAACCUUGUCGAAGACAAAGACAUGAUACACGACGAGAACGUGGCGUUCCUCUUCAGCUCCGAGGGCGGUGGCGGCGCCACCACCACCCUCAACGGCCUCCUCGCCGGAGUGUCUUCCUCCGAGGAGGACUCCCUCUCCGUGCCGCCGUACGCCUACGGGGGACAGGAUAGCGAGGAGGGGGGUCGUCUUGCUGACGGUGGUAAUAACUGUCACAGUGCGAGCUCAAAGCUGGUUCGGACGGCCAUGAGGAACAGAGACAGGGACCCGAGCGACGAGAAGUGGGUUUGUUACUCGGAGGUGCUGGUGGAGAAGAAGGAGCCGGAGGAGGUGACUAGCUGCGUCACCGACGUGUGGUGUGCAAAGGCGCGGCGGCCGACGUCGCAAGGGUUGUUGUCAUUAAAGCUUGAUUAUCAGGGCAUCUUGAACGCUUGGUCUGGUAAGGGCCCUCUUUACAUUGAAGGAGAGUCUCCUCCACAGACUGUGCCUGACUUGCAUGUGCCUGACUUGCAUGAUGACUUUCUUCCCCAUGACACUGCCAAUGUUUUAGUGGAUAGUUGGGGCAGCGCUGCAAAUGUAUGGAGGGUGCCAGAAAUGGGUAAUGAUUAUAUUGGUAGCAUCAAAGUGAAGGAGGAAGUUGAAGACAAAGAUGGUUGGAAGAUGAGGCACAGAGAAGCAAGUGUGUUGAGAUACAAGGAGAAGAGGCAAAACAGACUCUUCUCAAAGCGGAUUAGAUACGAAGUUCGAAAGCUUAAUGCCGAGAAACGACCCCGUAUGAAGGGUCGAUUCGUGAAGAGAAGUUGAGAAGUGUAGGCUGUUGGACAUAAUGUUACUGCAAAGAGGGCAUGAUCUUUGGUGUGUUUAAAUUAGUAGUUUUUUUUUUUAUUAUUAUUUAAUAUUUUGUCUUGUUCCAUUUAGCUUGUAACAUAGUAGAUAGAGGCACUAAUAUGAUGCUAAGCAAUGAUGCCAAAACAAACGUAAAGAAAAAAAAAGAAUAACAAAAAGUAAAGUUGUAAGUUCUAGGGAAUGCCUAGUUUGGAAUAAUGGAUCAAAUCUGAUCCUUUUUGCUUGUGCUUUCCCAGCAAUUUCUCGUCUUAAAGCUUUCGGUUGUGACA